UCACCGCGCACCGACGGCAGACUCUGCGCAUCCUCGCACACUCGCCGGUGGCGGCGUGCUGACGCUUGCGUCAGCAAGGAGCGGGGUUGGGGGCACCCGUUUUGAAGUCGACUGCUGGCCGGCGGCUGCUGCUGUUGCUGUUUCUUUUGCUGGUGCUGGUGCUGCCGCGGAACCCCCUCCAGCUCUCUCCCCUCCGCGAGGACCGGCUCGGAGAAGCCUCGGGGCAGAUGCGCGAGAGGCCGCCCCGGGGUUCACUUGGUGUUUAGGCUUCUGGCCCCGAGGCCUCGGGCCUUGCUCCCCGCCUCGGGAGCCCCGUGCUAGCGCCUCAGCCGCCACCCCGUUCCCCCUGCGCAACGCCCCGGGAGUCCCGAACCGCCGCUCCCUCCCCUCCCCCUCCCCCACGGCGCCGGGCCGGCCGGCCAUGGCCGUCUCCAGGCUUGAUCGUCUUUUUAUCUUACUGGAUACUGGCACUACCCCAGUAACAAGAAAAGCAGCUGCUCAGCAACUUGGAGAAGUGGUGAAACUCCAUCCACAUGAACUAAAUAAUCUUUUAUCUAAAGUACUGAUAUAUUUAAGGAGUACAAAUUGGGAUACCCGAAUUGCAGCUGGACAAGCUGUUGAAGCCAUAGUGAAAAAUGUACCUGAAUGGAAUCCAGUGCCGAGAUUGAAGCAAGAAUCUACUUCAGAAAGUUCUAUGGAAGAUUCGUCUGCCACAGAUCGAUUGAGUUUUGACAGAUUUGACAUCUGUAGAUUGCUGCAACAUGGAGCGUCACUUCUUGGGUCUGCUGGUGCAGAAUUUGAAGUCCAGGAUGACAAAUCAGGGGAAGUGGACCCUAAAGAGAGAAUAGCUCGUCAGCGCAAACUGUUACAGAAGAAACUUGGCCUUGAUAUGGGAGCAGCAAUUGGAAUGAAUACCGAAGAGCUCUUUAAUGAUGAAGAUCUGGACUACACUCCGGCUUCAGCUUCCCUUGUAAACAAACAACCUGUAGGUAAAACCUCGGGCUGUUUGAUUGCAAGGAAUAUUACAGCUCUUCAAGCUGCUGAGUUGAUUGACUCAGAAUUUCGAGCAGGGAUGAGCAACAGGCAAAAGAAUAAAGCUAAAAGAAUGGCAAAAUUAUUUGCAAAGCAGAGAUCCAAGGAUGCAGUGGAAAGCAAUGAAAAGAGCAAUGAUAGUGCGGAUGGGGAACCAGAAGAAAAGAGACGGAAGAUAGCCAAUGUUAUUAUUAAUCAGCCUGCAACUGAGUCCAAGGUCUUGAUUGAUAAUGUGCCAGACAAUUCUUCCUUAUUUGAAGAGACAAAUGAAUGGCCUUUGGAAAGCUUCUGUGAAGAGCUGUGUAAUGAUCUUUUUAAUCCAUCCUGGGAGGUUCGACAUGGUGCUGGUACUGGACUGAGGGAAAUUCUCAAAGCUCAUGGAAAAAGUGGUGGUAAAAUAGGAGAUAGCACUUUGGAGGAGAUGAUUCAACAGCAUCAGGAUUGGCUAGAAGACUUGGCCAUUAGACUUCUUUGUGUUUUCGCAUUAGACAGAUUUGGUGACUUUGUUUCAGAUGAAGUUGUAGCACCAGUUCGUGAAACUUGUGCUCAAACUUUAGGUGUGGUGUUAAAACACAUGAAUGAAAUAGGAGUUCAUAAAACCGUGGAUGUACUCCUUAAAUUGCUCACACAAGAACAGUGGGAAGUGAGACAUGGUGGCCUGUUAGGAAUAAAAUAUGUUUUAGCAGUUCGUCAGGAUGUAAUUAAAACUUUAUUGCCUAAAGUUUUGACUAAAAUAAUUGAAGGACUCCAGGACCUUGAUGAUGAUGUCAGGGCUGUUGCCGCAGCAUCAUUAGUACCAGUGGUGGAUAGUCUUGUUCAUCUUCAAUCACAUAAGGUACCUUUUAUUUUAAAUACAUUAUGGGAUGCUCUUCUGGAACUAGAUGAUCUCACUGCUUCAACAAACAGUAUCAUGACCCUUCUUUCAUCCCUUCUAACUUAUCCUCAAGUUCAACAAUGCAGUAUCCAACAGUCACUUACAGUUUUAGUACCACGUGUUUGGCCAUUUUUGCAUCACACUAUAUCAUCAGUUCGAAGAGCAGCAUUGGAAACGCUAUUUACAUUAUUGUCAACACAGGACCAGAGUUCUUCAUCGUGGUUAACACCUAUCCUACAGGAUAUGCUGCGGCAUAUUUUUCAGUUUUGUAUUUUGGAAAGCAGCCAAGAAAUUCUGGACCUUAUCCACAAGGUGUGGAUGGAACUGUUGAGCAAGGCUUCAGUACAAUAUGUAGUGGCAGCAGCUUGUCCCUGGAUGGGUGCCUGGCUUUGCUUAAUGAUGCAGCCUUCCCAUUUACCUAUUGAUUUAAAUAUGUUGCUGGAGGUAAAAUCCAGAUCUAAGGAAAAAACAGGUGGUAAAAUGCGCCAGGGUCAAAACCAAAGCAAAGAAGUACUGCAAGAAUAUAUUGCAGGUGCAGAUAGCAUCAUGGAAGACCCUGCAAUGAGAGAUUUUGUUGUUAUGCGGGCCAGAGUGAUGGCAGCCAAGUUGUUAGGAGCACUUUGUUGCAAUAUUUGUGAUCCAAGUGUAAAUGUAGCUUCUCAAGACAUUAAACCAGCUGAGUCUCUUGGCCAUUUGCUACUUUUUCACCUGAACUCAAAAUCUGCUUUGCAAAGGAUUAGUGUUUCUUUAGUAAUCUGUGAAUGGGCUGCUUUACAAAAGGAAUGUAAAGCUGUUGCUUUAGCUGUGCAGCCACGUUUACUUGGUAUCCUUUCAGAACAUCUGUAUUAUGAUGAGAUUGCCGUUCCAUUUACACGAAUGCAGAAUGAAUGUAAACAGCUUAUUACAUCAUUAGCUGAUGCACAUAUUGAAGUUAAUAGCAGAAUAAAUUACAGUGUGUUUACCAUAGAUCAAGCUAAUGAGCUGGUCACAACUGUUUUUAAUGAAGUCACAGCGUCUUUCAAUUUAAAUCCAAAAGUGUUACAGCAUUUAGAAAGUAAAAGGCAACAAGUUCAAAUGACUGUUGCAGAAACAAAUCAAGAAUGGCAAGUGCUGCAACUGAGAGUGCAUACAUUUGCUGCAUGUGCAGUGGUGAAUUUACAGCAGCUUCCAGAAAAAUUAAACCCUGUCAUAAAACCAUUAAUGGAGACUAUUAAGAAAGAAGAAAACACACUAGUACAGAAUUAUGCAGCUGUGUGCAUAGCAAAAUUGCUUCAGCAGUGUACAUCAAGAACUCCUUGUCCUAAUUCAAAGAUUAUUAAAAAUCUCUGUAGUUCACUAUGUGUGGACCCACAUCUUACUCCUUGUGUUGCAUGUCCAGCACCACCUCAAACCAGCCAUGAAAAUUCUAAAGCAGGACAAAACACAGAUAAAGAUGGAAUGCAUCACACUGUUACUAAGCACAGAGGUAUAAUCACACUCUAUAGGCAUCAGAAAGCUGCUUUUGCCAUCACAAGCAGACGAGGCCCUACUCCUAAAGCAGCAAAAGCUCAACUUGCAGAGUUUCCUCCAGGAAGCAGUGGAAAUAUCCCUGCUGAAUUGGAUGAGGCACAGAAACCAUAUUUAGUGCAACGGAGAGGAGCUGAAUUUGCCUUGUCAACUAUUGUGAAACAUUUUGGUCAUGAAAUGGCUGUAAGGUUACCACAUCUCUGGGAUGCUAUGGUUGGUCCCCUAAGGAAUACAAUUAACAUAAAAGGUUUUGAUGGAAAAUCCCUACUGGAAAAGGGAGAUGGCCCUGCUCAAGAAUUGGUGAAUUCUCUGCAAGUUUUUGAAACAGCAGCAGCUGCAAUGGAUACUGAGCUUCAUCCUUUGUUGGUACAGCAUUUGCCCCAUCUGUACAUGUGUCUUCAGUAUCCCAACACUGCAGUGAGACACAUGGCUGCUCGUUGUGUUGGAGUCAUGAGCAAAAUAGCUACCAUGGAAACAAUGAAUAUUUUUUUAGAGAAAGUUCUUCCAUGGAUAGGAGCAAUUGAUGAUAGUACCAAACAAGAAGGUGCAAUUGAAGCUCUUGCCUCUGUAAUGGAACAACUAGAUGUUGGCAUUGUUCCAUAUAUUGUUCUUUUAGUUGUACCUGUAUUGGGAAGAAUGAGCGAUCAGACAGACAGUGUACGGUUCAUGGCUACACAAUGCUUUGCAACAUUAAUUAGGCUAAUGCCACUUGAGGCUGGCAUUCCUGACCCACCAAAUAUGUCAGAAGAAUUAAUUCAAUUGAAGGCCAAAGAACGACACUUUUUGGAGCAGUUAUUGGAUGGGAAAAAAUUAGAAAAUUAUAAAAUUCCUGUUCCAAUCAAAGCUGAACUCAGAAAAUAUCAGCAGGAUGGUGUGAAUUGGUUGGCAUUUCUUAACAAGUACAAGCUUCAUGGAAUUCUUUGUGAUGACAUGGGUUUAGGAAAAACAUUACAGUCUAUUUGCAUUCUAGCAGGAGACCACUGUUUCAGAGCCCAGGAAUACGCAAGAUCUAAAUUAGCAGAAUGCAUGCCACUUCCAUCGUUGGUGGUUUGUCCUCCCACUCUAACAGGUCACUGGGUUGAUGAAGUAGGUAAAUUUUGUUCCAAAGAAUAUCUCAAUCCUUUGCACUACACUGGACCUCCAACUGAAAGAGUAAGGUUACAGCACCAAGUCAAAAAACAUAAUCUGAUAGUGGCUUCUUAUGAUGUUGUACGGAAUGACAUAGACUUUUUUAAAAAUAUUAAAUUCAACUACUGUAUUCUUGAUGAAGGCCAUGUCAUCAAAAAUGGAAAAACGAAAUUAUCAAAAGCCGUAAAACAGUUGACUGCCAACUAUAGGAUCAUUCUUUCUGGAACACCUAUACAGAACAACGUUUUGGAGCUCUGGUCACUCUUUGAUUUCCUUAUGCCAGGAUUUUUGGGUACUGAACGUCAGUUUGCAGCUCGUUAUGGUAAACCUAUAUUAGCAAGUAGGGAUGCUCGGAGUUCCAGUCGAGAACAAGAAGCAGGAGUCCUUGCAAUGGAAGCACUACAUCGCCAGGUCCUCCCAUUUCUCUUGAGGAGAAUGAAAGAGGAUGUUUUGCAGGAUCUUCCACCCAAAAUUAUUCAAGAUUAUUACUGUACUCUUAGUCCUCUACAGGUUCAGCUGUAUGAAGAUUUUGCCAAGUCUCGUGCCAAAUGUGAUGUCGACGAAACCGUUUCCUCAGCUGCACUUGCCGAAGAAACUGAAAAGCCAAAGCUAAAAGCUACAGGGCAUGUGUUCCAGGCAUUACAAUAUUUACGUAAACUGUGCAACCAUCCAGCAUUAGUCUUAACAACCCAACACCCCGAAUUUAAGAAUACUACUGAACAACUGGCAGCUCAGAACUCUUCUCUUCGGGAUAUUCAGCAUGCUCCUAAACUCUCUGCUUUGAAACAAUUGCUGCUGGACUGCGGUUUGGGAAAUGCCAGUACUUCGGAGAGUGGCACAGAAGCUGUUGUGGCUCAGCACAGGAUACUGAUCUUCUGCCAACUCAAGAGCAUGCUGGACAUAGUAGAACAUGAUCUUCUCAAACCUCACCUGCCCUCUGUCACAUAUCUACGGCUAGAUGGAAGCAUACCUGCCGGGCAAAGGCAUUCCAUUGUCUCACGGUUCAACAAUGAUCCAUCCAUAGAUGUUCUUUUACUGACUACACAUGUUGGUGGACUGGGUCUUAACUUAACAGGAGCUGAUACAGUUGUAUUUGUUGAGCAUGACUGGAAUCCUAUGAGAGAUUUACAAGCAAUGGAUAGAGCACAUCGUAUUGGCCAGAAACGGGUUGUAAAUGUAUAUCGAUUAAUAACAAGAGGAACGUUGGAAGAGAAAAUAAUGGGUUUGCAGAAAUUCAAAAUGAAUAUUGCAAAUACAGUUAUUAGCCAAGAGAAUGCUAGUCUGCAGAGCAUGGGGACUGAUCAGCUUCUGGACCUGUUUACUCUUGAUAAGGAUGGAAAAGUGGAAAAAGCAAAUACCUCGACACCUUCUGGAAAAGCAAGUAUGAAAUCAAUCCUGGAGAACCUCAGUGAUCUUUGGGAUCAAGAUCAAUAUGACACUGAGUACAGUCUUGAAAAUUUUAUGCAUUCUCUCAAAUAACUGUCAAUUCUUGCUAAAGCAACUGCUGCUAGAUUAAUUACAUUUUUGCUGAUAUUCAGCAAAUUUCAAAGUUUAUGGAGAACAUUUAGCUCAUUGUGUAAAUAGAUUGGAAAAAAGAAUCAGCAUGAUUCUAGAACUUGUUCCACUGGGGGGAACAAGUUACUCUGUCUUAAAACUUUGCACUGUAUUAAACUUAAAUUUUAAUGUGAAGUGGUUUGAAUUUUUAUAUACUGAAGAGACCCAGAGAGAGGGGCAGCCACACAGGGUUUACACAUGCUACCAAAUGGUGUUCUCAUUGGGAAUGAGCCCGCAUGUCAUGGUGUACACAGUCACUUUGUACAGGAGCAUUUCCAUGAGUACUUUAGGUUGUUCGUGUACAUUUUUUUUCUUUUAAAUGGAAUUUGUUUUUAUGAUUUAAAAAUGAUAGAAUUUUUCACUAUCAGAAAUUCAGAUGAGCCAUAAUUUUAAGAUAGUCAUCAUUAAUAUUGGUCAAUCUAGAAGCCAGAAAGAAUGUUAGGAACUGAACUAAUUAUCUGUAUGCAAAUCUUUGUAUAUUUAAUGCAAAAUUUUUGACAUCAUUUUGUCAAUUUUAAAAAAAAUAUAAUAUGGGCUAUUCUAAAUACAGGUAAUGGGCUUUUUAAAGCCACUUUUGCAUCCUAUUAAGAGGGUGUGCUUUUUUUAAUUUAUCCAAAGGCUAGACUAUAGCCUGACUCAAAGAACAUAGGUUUCAAUGGUAUAUAAAUAUAUAUAUAUAAUAUAUUUUUUGUAACUAAAAACUGUAUACAAAAGUAUACAAAUAGGAGUUUUUCAAGAAUUAGAUUUUACACUGUUUAGAAUUCCCAAAACCUAUGCUGAAAAGACUGUUUACUGUAUUAGUGCAUGACUUGAGGAAAAUAUUUCCUUUACAUACAUAGAUAUACAUGAGAGUAGACAUAUCUAUAUACAUAGAAAUACCUACACUAUACCCCAGGGGUAGAAUACUGCCACUGAAAUCAUGUAACUAUAUCAGGCAAUAAUAAUAGCUGAGAAUGAGGAUGUAUUAGCUAUACACUAGACAGUGUUAUCAAAGAAAACGCAGUGGGGAGGGUGGAGUGUAUUCUAUAGAUAUAGAUGUGCAUGUAUAUACACAUACACAGUUUUAUAACUGUUCAUCACAGACAUGUGGAAAGAGAGAAGGGAGAAAUGUAUGCAUGUCUACAUAGUACAUAUAUGGAAUAUAUAUACAUAUAUACAUAUACAUGUAUAUAUGUAUAUAUCUGUAUGCAAUUCCAGUUUGUGUGAGGCCUGUGGCUUGCCUUGCACUUGGCAUCAAUUGGAAGACCACCAGACCUCUGCUGUGUAAAAUCACACGUGUUUUGUUUAAUAACAUAAAACGUCAGCCUGUUUGACAGCAUUUAGAUGAGGACAUUUGUCACAUUUCAAGUAGCUGUUACAGCUACAUUGUAACAUUAAAUUUAGCAUUCCAUAAAAGAAUAAUAAAAAUAAAAUUGGAAAUACAAAAUAAAUGUGUGUACUUGUAUAUUCAUCAAAAAAGUUAAGAGCUGAAAAAUUCUUUGAACUAUGUUUUUAUUGUUCUUAAUUCAAGUACAUUGUUUCUGAGAAUUUGUUUCAUUGCAGCUUGAGAAUCUUCUUUUCCUUAGAAGUGCAUUUUGGUGUAGCAACAGGGCCUUAUGCUUGGAAUUAGUGCACUGGAGUUCGAAUUUCACUUCACACAUAUACUGCCCAUGUAAUCUUGGGAAGUUAAAUAAAUCUUUCAGUUUCCUCCUCUGUAAUAAUGGAGAUGAUAAUGCUUGCACUAUCUACCUCAUGGGGUCAUUUUGGGAGAAAGCUCUCAUUGCCAGCCUAGUCCCACAUAAAUGUGAGUUAUUUAUUAGCUUUUGGUCACUUGUAUUUCAUAGCUUAAAGAGGGGACCAAAAGAGAAUAUGUGAAUUUGUAUGUCACAGAUUAGCUUAGUGCCAAUGAGUGUGCUUAAAAGUGUUCUUUCUUAACACAGGAAAUUUUGAGGAUUUUUUGUUCAUUUAGUGUUUGAACUUUAUACUAUAAGAAUCCUUUGCAGUUACUGAAGCAUGAGAAACUUCAUUGUAUUUUCACAUACAAAAUAAGACUAAACCUGAUACUUCAAAAAUGAGAUGAGAGAGAGCUUUUGUCUAUUCCUUGUAUAAAAUUUGUUUCUGUCACACUGGGGAAAUCGUUCAUUACACACAUUUUAGAUCAUGAAGAAGAUAACUCUGAGCUUGAUGUCUUUGGACUGGCAUGGGCCUCAGUUUCUACCAUUUAUAAAAAACAGAGGUUGAAUUUAGGGACAUCUUGUGUCUGGCCCAUCUCUGAAUCUCAGGGUCUUCCUCUAAGGCAAAGCUGCUUCUACUGUGGUUCACGACUGAAUGUGGGGAUCAUGAAAAAUUGGGCAGCAGGAAAAGGUUUCAGAACAAAAUGACCACAAACUAAUUCAAAAUCCAGCGUGUAUGAAUCCCAGAUGUUUCUGGCAGCACUUGCCUGUGAUCAUCACACAGCUUUAUGCAGCCUUGGUUUUGAACAUAUAAUGUGCACUCUGAGCCUCCUGCAGGAAUGCUGCCAAAAAAAAAACUCUCAACUCAGAUGUGAGAAGGGG